AACCCCAUAGUGGCUCACCCGUCUAUCCACAUCAAGACGGUGAGACAUUUCAGAACCACACCUACAUAUCACUUGUCUGGUUACCUCUGUGCACAGCACGCCAUUCAUUCUGACACUGACGGGAAAUUCAACUUGCUUGGUGAAUAUGGCUAAUUUCUUAAAAAGGUUCUUCCGGAAGAAAAUGGACAAGGGAAGGGUCAGGAAGAAUGUGGAAGAACUCCUGGGCGAUGAAGACGCCUGUCAGGCUGCUGCGGCUGCAGCUUUCCAACAGCACGACAAGAAAGGGAAAGGGAGUGGUUACCUGGAUGACAAGGAGGCUGACAGGGCCAUCAACACCCUGGUAGGAGCCAAGGAGAACGAGAAGGGCAUCCCCAAACAUGUCAUCAAGGACAUCCUGCAGCAAGUAGAGAAGGACACUAGUGGCAUUACUGAGGAACAGUUUAUCGGAGCUUCGUGGAACAUUCUGAACCGGUACCACGAGAAGGAGCUGGCUAAAGCAGAGGGCAAGGCUGACUCCAGCAGCUCAUCAUCAUCGUCAUCCUCUGAUGAGGAGUAAGCACAGCGAGAUAAGGAAGUUCCUAGACCUGAAGCUGUGAGCAGACUGGUGGCAUCAAGAGAUGACUACAAA